CAAAUAUAUAUUUUCACGAGUUAAAUAAUAUUUUUAAGAAAUGAGCCACCUGUUUUAAAAAUCUCUUCGCUCCAAGUGAAUCGGGUUUUGCCAUUGCCCCAGACUUGAAAUUUCCAAAUUUCGCUUCGCUUUUCAUUUUGAUUCUCCAAGCAAAGAGCUCACUGAUUCCCUCUCUCUCUCUCUCUCUCUCUCUCUCUCUCUCUCUCUCUCUCUCUCUCUCUCUUAUUUGGCUCAUUGCGUUAGGGUUUUUUUUUUUUUUUUAAAUGAAGUCUUCGUUUGGUAAACUUCGAAGAUUUGCUCUCCACAAGAACGAUGGAAAGGAUAAAUUAGAUUUUUUAUCAGCGGCUCAUUUGGAUGAGCUCGCUCAAGCAGCUCAGGAUAUGCAGGAGAUGAGAAAUUGCUAUGAUAGCUUACUUUUGGCAGCUGCAGCAACAGCUAACAGUGCAUAUGAAUUCUCAGAGUCACUGCAAGAAAUGGGCUCCUGUCUGCAAGAAAAAAGACUGCUACCUGAUGAUGAAGAAAGCCGUAGGAUCCUGUUAAUGUUGGGGAACUUGCAGUUUGAACUCCGGAAACUUGUGGAUAAUUAUCGCUCCCAUAUAUUGCUGACAAUUACAAAUCCGUCUGAGUCACUUCUAAAUGAGCUUAGGACUGUUGAGGAUAUGAAGCGGCAGUGUGAUGAGAAAAGAAAUGUCUAUGAAUACAUGGUGACACAACAGAAGGAAAAAGGAAAGUCCAAAGGUGGAAAAGGGGAAACUUUCACUUUGCAACAGUUGCAAACAGCUCGUGACGAAUAUGUUGAAGUGGCAACCCUUUGUGUUUUCCGAUUGAAAUCUCUGAAGCAAGGUCAAUCCAGAAGUCUUGUAACACAAGCUGCUCGUUACCAUGCAGCUCAGUUGAAUUUCUUUAGGAAAGGACUUAAAUCACUUGAGGCAAUUGAACCUCAUGUUAGGCAAGUUACAGAACAGCAUCACAUUGAUUAUCAAUUCUGUGGCCUUGAAGAUGAUGAUGGGGAAGAUGGUGAGAUUGCUUAUGACCCAAACAAGGAUGUGGAAUUAAGUUUUGACAAUAGAGCUAAUGAGAAGGAGUUUGAUGUUACUUCUGCAUCAAUGAAUUCAAUGGAGGUAGAUGAAGUAAGUACUUCAUUUCCCCAAACUUUGAAGAUGGAAAAUGCAGAGGCAAACCCAGUGAAAAGCCAUGGGGAUUUCCAGGUCUCAAGUAGGGAUCAUAGAGUGAGUAGCCAUUCAGCCCCCAUAUUUCCAGAAAGGAAGCUUGAUGCUGCUGAAAGAGUAAAACAGAUGCUUCAGUCAUCUACAAGAACGUCCAACACAUAUGUUCUUCCAACACCAAAUGAUUCAACAUUUGCAGUUUCUUCAAGAACAAAUAGCUCCAUUUCACACACAAAACCUACAAAUGUAGCUGGGCAUCCAUACAAUACAUGGCAUUCUUCCCCGCUAGAGCAAAAGAAUCGUGAGAAAGAUUCUGGCGACGGUCAACCAUCAGAGUUUACCAUCUUGAAUUCUGAGUCAGGUCUCAAGGAGACCAACAGUAGUAAUAGUACCUCUACACAACUACCCCCUCCUUUGUCUGAAGGACGAGAAUCUACCCAGUUGGAUUCCACUGAAGCCAAAAAAAUAAAAAGAAAAGCUGUUUCUGGUCCAUUAACUAGUAAACAAUUGUCAACAAAGCCAAUUUUAUCGGCAACCAGUUCCAUCCCAUCAGCUGAACUUCCUCAUUUAGCUUCUGCAGUAUUUUCUCAUUUAACAAUUCCUCGAUCAUUAUCACCUCCCAGAGUAUCCCCAAGUGCAUCACCUCCCCUUGUUUCUUCACCCAGAUUAAACGAGCUUCAUGAGCUUCCAAGGCCGCCUAAUAGUUCAGCUGCCAAGUCAGCAAAAUCUCCUUCCUUGGUUGGUCACUCUGCUUCUCUAAUCUUGAGAAAUCAAGAGCUUUCUGCAAGUAAUAUUUCUCCACUGGCAGUAAGUGGAGCAUCUCGUCUACCGACUCCACCUUUGAUAGUACCGAGAAGCUUCUCUAUGCCAACUAGAAAUCAAAGAGCAACGUUUUCCAGGCUUUUGGAGGCUUCACAAGUUCCAGAUAAGGAUGGAGAAGUUGCAUUGCCUUCGUCAAUGCCCACUAAACCAAUACCCAGUGUUUCUGAAGUGGCAUCUCAUUCUGGCCAAAUCAGAGGUGGGAGCUGAGAAAGCUGAUUCAUUUGUGACGGGUUGAAUCUUUAACCAGAAAGUUGGAAUAGAUGAGGUUUGGUGUGCAAAUAUGAGGUUUAUCGACAUGGUUAGCUAAGUUUCUCAUGCCAAAUCUUGGUUAGGCUGGCAGGAAUAUCUAUUUGUUGAGAACUAAUGAUAAGAAGUGCACAAGAUUGGAGUGAUUGUUUGUUGUUGCAUACCACGUAUAUUGUCCACUGUUCACAUAAGGAAAUUGUGUUUUUUGUUGUUUGAUAUACGCCGCCAUGGAAGCCUCCCAAAGUGAAAAAAAGAUUUGGCAUUUGCAUUAGAUAAGCCACCCAGAACCAAGUGAAACAAUUUUGCUUCUCAAAUACUGGCUCUGGACGGCUGCAAUGUAAUGCCAUGCAAUUUGUCCCUUGUAGCAUAUGUUGUUAUACUGGAAUUGGAUUGGUUUUGUAUCAUCCACCACCCAACCAACCUGGAAACUACUUCCUUUUCUCUCUGUCCAAUACAAACAUCUAAUUUGGUUAACUUUGUAAAUUUGGUUUUUGGAAAGAGUAAAUUAAAGCUGAAA